AACAAGUAACCAUUCGAUUUACGACACUAAGUAAUUUUGAAAAUACAAGAUAAAGCUUUAACUUAUUCGGUCGUUGGAUGAGAAUACAUUUGUGAAUCUCAAAGCACUUUCAUUAAGAAUUGUUAUUACAUCAGUUUUCAUUACUUGGUCAACUUUUCGUAGCUCUGACUUGUUUUUUUAGAUUAUUGUACUCAUCAAGUGUAAAAUCACGAGUUACGCAUAAGCAGACUGAAAAUUAAUCUAAUUACAGCUACUUGCCAAGGUCCCGUUGUUUAGUUUAAAAAUUUCUUCCAAAUGAGCCUCGAGAUUAUAAACACUGUGGAUAAACUAACACUUUCAGAUCAAAUAGAACAAGAGAGAAUAAGCUUGAAUCUUCUUAGACAAACAAACUGCAAAUUAGAGGAAUCCAUCGAUAUUUUAGAGGAUCAGCUGGCUUCGAUUGAAGAUGAAGGUAACUAAGGAGUUCUUCCCGAACUCGUCUAGAUAAUGAAUGGAAGACGAGAUAUUUAAUUCAAAAAGAAAUGAACGAUUAUUACAAACGGGCAUUCUUCUUUUGCGAUCAACAAAUACCCAAGGCGAAAGCUCUUCAACGAACGAUAAACCGUGCUGUCAGAAGGGGCUCGAAAUUAUCUAGUUACAUGGAACUUGACGAAGAUUCAGUUCAAGAAUUGGAGAAUUAUCGCUCGUAUAUAAUUAAAUUAUGUCGCGAACUGGAAUCAAGGAUCGAUCAGGAGGGAAAGGCUUAUUACUGGGCUACAGAAAUUCGCAAACGUGCACUCAUUGAAUUGAACUAUACAUACAUACCAGCACCAGUAAGCAAACAUCCUGUGGAGAAGAAAGAAGAUGAAAGUGAUAAAUUAGUGAGGAAGACACAAAAUCGAACAUUUAAUUCUAAAUAUGGUCUUGGAAGUAAAACAAGUGGAGUGAAGAAGCUGCCUCCAAUGCAUUUCUGACUGACAUCGCUUGAAAUGAUUAUAUAUACAUGUAUGCUGAAUUAAAUAGAGGAAAGUAAAUAAAUGUCUAACAUUUUAUUUAAC